AUGGGUGUUACUUAUGCAAGAAUUAUUAUACAAGGGAAUAUGUGGAUUUUACAUAGAUGCCAACUUGGAGACCCUCUAAAAAGUAAAAUAAAUAAAUUUAUUGCGAUCGCUGGUGCUAACAAUGGCUUAUGUAUUUGUGCUGAUGCUGAAGGAGAAACAACUAACGAUACAAAAAGAGUUCCAGCUUGCAGUAAAGAAUUUGGUUUCUGGACUGGUCCAAGCUGUCCAGAACAUACAGAUGUAAAACAGUGUAACAGCAACGAUCUUAUUCCAUGUUCAGAUAAUUAUGGGGAUAUAUUGAGAAAAUUGGAUCAUUCAAAUGAUGACGCUAAAUAUAUUGCAAGUUUUUGGUCAACUAACGACACAAUAAUAGGCCCAACUAAUAAAGCAUAUGGCUGGAAGACUUCAAUUGUUGUAGGAACAAAAAAAGAAAUGGAAUAUGAUGGCCUUACACAUUAUACAUUAAAAACGGAUACUGUAAGGGAUCAAUUGAAAAUACUUCAAUUAGAAUUAUAA